AUGUCUGGUUCUCAAGCUAAUGUGUUGAACAACAUCUCUUUAAAUACUAAACAAAACUUGAGAUCAAUUCCUAAAACUAGUUCAAAAGAAAGAGAUGUAAAACAAAAAAGCUUCAAAAUUAUAUCUACUGAAACCCUGGUACGUACACAAGAAACUGGUAAUAAAAAUGAAGAUACGAAAGUGAAAGAAUUUGAAGUCAGGGACCAAGAUGAUUCCAUAAUUGAUGAUUGCAGUAAUUCAGUUCAGAAAAAAAAAAGGCAUGAAGGGGUUUCAGAAAAGAUGUGUGUAAAGGAAGGCGUAGAGAAGAAAAGUACAAAAAAUUCAAGGAUGAGCUCACUUUUUAUAGGGAAGCUGAAAUCAACUGUCACCGAGGAAAUGCUUAGAAAAACAUUCAAAAAAUAUCAAUCUUUUGAAUCCGCUAAGAUAUGCCGUGAUUUUCUUACCAAAAAAUCGUUAGGUUAUGGGUACUUGAACUUUGGAAAUAAAAAGGAUGCAGAAGCUGCUAAAAAGGAGUUUAAUUAUAGAAUUUUUUUUGGUCAAGAGGUCAAAAUCAUGCCAUCUAUGAAAAACACAUUAUUUAGGAAAAACAUCGGUACAAAUGUAUUUUUUUCGAACUUACCACUGGAUAAUCCCCAACUGACCACAAGAUCAUUUUAUCUAAUAAUGAUCGAGUAUGGAAAUGUACUAUCAUGUCUCUUAGAGAAAAGGAAGAACAUUGGGUUUGUUUAUUUCGAUAAUGAUAUUUCCGCAAGAAAUGUAAUUAAAAAAUAUAACAAUCAGGAGUUUUUUGGAAGCAAAGUUAUAUGUGGGAUACAUUUUGACAAAGAAGUAAGGAGUAGACCUGAAUUCACGAAAAGAAAAAAAAUGAUUGGCUCCGAUGUAGUCAUCGAAGAUGAACUGUCGGCUGAUAAAAACUUUCCAGAUAGUACUCAUUUAAAAACAGUACUAGUCAAAAAUUUACCACCAAAAGCAACACAAGAGGAAGUACUAGAUUUUUUCAGCGCCAGUGGCCCUAUCAAAUCUGUGUUUAUUUCUCAAAAGCAAUCACAUAAGCCGCUCAACGCAUUCGUUACAUAUAAAAACGAAGAAAGUUCGAAAAAGGCACAAAUUGAUCUGAAAGAAACAAUUUUCAAAGGCCAGACAAUCUGGGUGGGUCCUGCUAAAGAUGAACCUACUAAGAUUGGGAGGAACAAGAAAACAAAAGUUUAUUUGAAAAGCUUGAGUUUCAAUUGUAAUAAGGAAUUUAUUUCCCAACUAUGCGUACAAGAAGGAAUUAGAUUUUGUGAAAUUAAAAUCACAAAUUACAAUUCAUCAAAUUGGACAUUCUCCGGAUAUGUUGAAUGCGCUUCCCGUAAAGAUGCUGAGAAACUAUUUAUUUUUUUGGAUAGGAGGUUAAUUGGAAGUAGCUUGGUUGAAGCAUCAUGGACAAGAAAUCAUGGUAAUAUGCUGAAUGAGGUAGACUAUAGUGAUAAUAAUAGUGAUAGCAUAAUUAACAUUAAUCCUAUGAUGCGUUUCAAUCACACAAGACAGCUACCAGCUUAUCAAACGAGUCUACCGUCACAGUUUCAACAAUUGAUUUCCCCAUUUCCGUCGUAUUCAAGCUCAUGUACAAACAUGAACUCUCUUGUAGCGACACCAAUGAAACCUCAUCCAACGUUUGACCUGAUUACAAAUCUUAAUGAUGAAAAGUUGCAAUCUGUCAGAGAGUCCAGACAAGAAAAUGAGGAAAUAUUGGAAUCCCUGAAGGAAAUCGUAAACAGAAAUUUAAAACGCAUAAAUAUUUCCGGUUUAAAUAAGGGAGAAAACCUGCGCAGCAUUUCUGAAUUCAUCUUUGACGUAUUUUGGGAUCAUGAUUCUGAAAGGCUAUCUCGUUUCUUAUUAGUUGCAGGCACUUCACCAGAAUCACAGAAGAGUUUACAAAACCAAAUUAUCAGGGCUGCUGAGAGUCUCGGAUUUUAA